UCCUUCAGUCGAUCCACUCUAUCGGCUCUCUUCUUUUCAUUUCCUUCGUUUCCUCAGUUUCUCAUCCCAACCCAACGCCUACUCUUGGGUCACGACCGCAAUCUCAGGUCCUCCUCGUUUUCAUCUUCUUCUUCCAGAUUCCUUUUGCCCAUGAUCCAGCAGGUCGCAUUUCCUUGACGUGACUUGAUUUCGUCUGUCUUAAAUCAGCUGCUGAGAUCGAUCGAGUUCAGUGGCUGCUCUUUGCGAGCUCUGGGUUAAUCCAUCCCCUUGACGGUUUUGCACCUCAGUUCUUCUCCAGAUGUAUUUGUAGGUAAAAUUUGAUGAUUGUAGCUGAAGCAUAAUAUGAAUAAGCUAUUGGAUUUUGGAAGGAAAGCCUUAUUCUACGUGAGAGUUCUCUCUGGAUAUGAAGAACGUAGAAUCCGAAAUUAUAGGUUACAGCUUGAGAAGCGUCUCCAACAGGCACAAGAAAGAAAGACAGCUUUGAGAAAGAUCCCUGAGCAGGCUAUAUUAUCGGAGGUACGCCGCAUGGUUGAGGAGAUGCAAACUUUAAACCGGAAGCUAGAAGAAACUGAGGCUGCUAUUGAAGAGUACUUCAAGCCGAUUGAUAAGGAUGCUGAAAUAAUAAUGAAGAUGCAGCUUGAAGGGGAGGAGAAGUCAAUGAAGGAGAUGAUGAAGGUUAUGCAAACACAAACUUUGCUUGAAAGAGCUGAAGCAGAAAAAGGUGCAAAUUCACAUAAUUUGGACACAAACCAACAUAGCCAGGAGACAGAUUCAUCUUCCUCCACCAAGCAACAUGCUCAGAUAAGAUGAUUCCAUGAAUUUGGGGUGACUUAAAAAGUAUAGUUUUGUCAGAGUUAAUGACUCCUCCCUUCGUCUCAAAUAUUUUUUGGAUAUGGUUCUGAGAUCUGAUACAAUCAUAUAAGCUCUUCAGCUGUUUGAAUAAUCAAACCAAUGACAUGAAAUUUGUCAGAAAAUUACUAUACAACAGUGGCAGGUUUUGCAAAAGAAUAAUUUUCUUUGUUGCCGAAAAUGACUUCUCUAGUACUUUGCAAUACUGAAUGGAUCAUGGAACGAGGGAGGAAUAUUGCUAUCAAAACUGACAUCCUUUUGCAUGCUGCUGCUUGAUUAAAAUUGUGGACUAUAAAUGAGAAUUUUCCUAAUUUUCCUUUGAUAACAACCUGUUUUUUGGGUUGUCUCUUUGUGUGCUUGCAAAUUGUUGGCUCACUGGCACAUGUUAUGUAGUGUAGCAGUUUGAGCUUAAGCAAGGGUAGAAAGGAUUUGGACCACAGGCUGCUUCAUGAUAAAUAAAAAUUAUUAAUUAUAUCUUUCUUUCACUUUCA